AUGGCUUUAUUCAGCUUCCUCAUUCUGACCUCCCUGUGUAUUGCGGGCCGAGAGGCCCUCAGCCUAUCUGACUGCGAUGCGUUUGCCAGACGACCAAAAUACACUGAUAUCGCAGUGGUGUGUGGCACAUCUGCCAUUAGCCUGGCUAUUCAGAUCUGCCCGGCUAUCUACACUGGAUACAACGAGAGUUUGCUGAUUCUCAACCACAUCAGCGACAUGAACUGUCAGGGGACGCUGGACACCUCUGUGGCGCCUCCUGUGGUGAGAUUCAGCUUCCCCAUCACAGAAGGAAACGCCUGCGGGAGUAACUUCUUGACCACUAGCACACCAGGGACGGGAAUAUUCUCAGACUUCUCCAACAUCCAGACCGUCAACGUGAGUGGAGUGGUCCGAUCUUUUGACCCCACCAUUGGAACAAUCACCUACAAUGCAGAGCUCAAGUAUUACUAUUCAUGUGCCUAUCCACUGGAGUAUCUCAUCAACAACACCCAGAUGGAUGUGUCAUCCUCCUCCAUUGCUUUGAAGGACAACAAUGGGAGCUUCAUCAGCACCCUAAGCAUGGCCUUGUACCAGGAUAUAAAUUACACCAAGCCCCUUGUCAUGCCAUCUCUGGGCAUCGAGCUGAGGACAAAAGUCUACGUGCAGGUGGUUGCAUCCAACCUGACAUCCCAGUACUUUGUUCACCUGGAUCGGUGCUACGCCUCAGUGUCUCCACAGCCCUCCAACUCCACCUCCUUUAAUCUGUUUGUCUCGUGCUCUAUAGAUCAGCUGACCACCAUGCUGGAGAACGGGGAUAGCCAAAAGGCCCGCUUCUACUUCUCAGCGUUCCGCUUCAUCGAGCAGCAGAAUGAGACCAUCUCCACCUACUAUCUGCACUGCAUCACUCGGCUCUGCGAGCGCAGCGUCUGCAGCACCUUCAAGCAAUGCAACAGGAAGAGGAGGAGUGUGGAGACCACUGUUGUCCAGGAGAGCAUCACAGAGCCAUCUGUGCUCACAGUGGCUAUAAAGGCCAGGAGAGAGAGCCCGCUGUCUGGUGGCCAGCCUAAUGGAAAGAGCACGUCUAUUGGUCUGGGGAUUGCUGUGGCCGUCCUCAUUGUUGUAGGGGUGGUAGCCAUUUUGAUGGCUGCAUCUUUUUAUCGAAAGUUGAAGCAGCUAAGCUAG